AGACUUCACUUGUGACAGUUUCUUGUUUUUUAGGCACAAAAUGUUGUUCACAAGUUCACGAACAGUGGUGGUAGUCCUACUGGCUAUUGUAGUUCAGGUGCAAGGAUACUGGUUCUCUCAAAGAAUCCAACAAUUGGAUAAUGGAAUGGAGCAGAUGCCACAACAAGAGAUGAGAGCAAUGAAAAAAACAUUCCUUCCACCCCGUUAUCAGAAUCUUUGGGGACAAGGUGAAUCGAGCAAAGUGGUAGGAAGUUCUGCAUUGGCUCCACGGAAUAUGGACGAUUACAAGAUAAGAACACAACAGAGACACGUGUUUUCUUGGCAACCAACAAAUGUGUUCAACGAGUGGUAAUGAUUACACAUUAAUACUUUCGAAGUUGACAAUAUUAAUAAAGUUGAGAACUAAUGUG